AUGUCGGAACGGCGCGAAGGAUCCAAUGUGGUCUGGUUGGAUGUGAUGGAAGUUGGAGAAACCACUCCAAGAAGGAAGAGGCGACGAGUGGGAAAACUGCUGGGCUUGCAGGGAUACAGUAGCACCACCACAGUACUGGAUGAUAGCAACAACAUCACUCAACAAGUGCGAACCAUCAACAAGAACUUCUUAUACAAUGCUGUGGCUUCCUUUCUGGCUGCAAAACAUUUCAACGAACGGAGAGGUGACAUUCUUCCACAAUUGCCAGAAUUAAUCGGAGAUUGUGAUUUCUACUUCACCUAUGAGUACCGAGAUGGACAGUGGUCAGCCUUGGAGGCAGCGAAGCAGCUGCUGCAGUCCAGUCAUAUACUUCCGUCUCAAAGCAGUACUGCAGCUUCUGAUGCUCAGGAGCAACCUACGCAUUCCCAACGCCCUCCUAGUACGAGCCUACGGGAUGGACAUAGUACUGUUGCUGCGUCAACGUCUGUGGCUUCCACCAAUUCCCCUGCUGGCUCUACGAGUAGCCCGCCCAUUACAAGUACUCCCCACAGGACAGAUCCUCCCAGGUCGAGUAGCACUAUUGAUUGGACACAGCCUUUUUCUCAUCGACCUGAAGAUCGACAGAGACAACGGAGGGGGCAGCUGGAAGAGCCAGUGACAACCAGCAGCAACCUUACUGCUCACGAAAAUGCAACGAUCUUGCAAAGAAAAGUCACAGAAGCAUUGGAACCCUUUGCUGUGUAUGGGGCCUACUGGAGUCGAGUGACCAAGGUUUUGGCCAUGGUCACACAAGGACUACAAAUCCCUUACAUCACAGGUGGAUCAACCAGUGCCGAACUUAACUAUUAUCCCUUGUUUAGUCGGACGGUGCCUGACAAUGAUGCUGAUGCCCAUGCUGCCAUGAAGGUGUAUCAUGAAUUUUUCGGUGGCCAGGUGACUCAUGUGGCAUGCCUUUUUAUUCAGGAUAGCUGGGGCGUCAAUUAUCAUGCAUCACUCAGCAAAUAUGCCAAUCAGUUUGGAAUAAACCUGAUUGCCUUUGCCUAUGAGGCUGAUACUAUUGAAAGGACUAUCCUCAGUCUGAAACAGGCGGAUUAUCGAUACGUGUAUGCUAUUAUGCACGACUGGAAACAGGUACUUCGGAUUGCUCACAAACAUGACAUUAUUGGCCAUCCAGAUUAUGUUUGGAUUGCUGCUGAAGAGAAGAAGUGGACUGGGGAUGACUUUGAGUUGUCAAGGCAAGAGGAUCAAGAUUUGGCCAUGGCACUGCAUGGUAUCGGAACCAUCAAUCUGUAUUUUGAUCCUGUUCACCGGUUUGAACGUGCCAUGGAAGAAAUGGCAUGGUCAGAAUCACUGCAACAAGAGUUCAUUGACAUUCAAAGAGGCCAUGACGACACAGUAUUCUUUGACAACUACACAUUUCCUCAUUACGAUCCGACUGGUUUCGACAAUGUCAUUUUCGAUGCAGUGAUUGCCAUGGGUCUAGCAGCCUGCAGUAAAGAGCUGCCUUCACCUCUUUUUACUGGCCCCGAGUUGCAACAAUCCAUACUCCAAACACAGUUUGAGGGUGUAUCAGGUCAUGUCCAAUUUGACCCAAAAACAGGAACUCGUUUGGUGGAUGGUGUCAAGUACAGUUUGGAGUAUAUCCUCCUCAGCGAUGCUCGGUCCGACAAGGAUUACUACCGAUUCCAGUCCAAUAUGGUGGUUGUCAUUGGAGGAGAGGAAGAGAUUGCCAACCAUCACCCAUUUGUCUUUUUUGACAAUACAACGAAUGCUCCACCAGCAUUGCCACCCUUGGUUCAUGAAGACCUCAAUCUCAUCCCCAUGAGGGCACAGUUGUUUGGCUACCUGUUGGCUAGCAUUGUAAUCCUUGGGUCCAUUGUGUGCGCCUACUGGACUCAUUCCAAAAAAGACAUUUUUGUCCUGAGGGCAGCACAACCCUUUUUCUUGAUCCAAGUGUGCCUUGGUACUCUGAUCAUGGCAAUGUCAGUGUAUCCCUGGAGUCUACCCGGUGCCAGUGAAGCCGGGGCAUCAACAAUCAGUAGCUCGAAUGGUCAUGGUGGGCAGGAUGCUGACAGUACUUGGGGCUUGGACAUGGCUUGUAUGUCAGUCUUGUGGCUUGGUUUUCUGGGUUUUGCGAUUAUCUUUUCUGCUUUGACUUCCAAAAUUUGGCGGAUCAAUCAAGUCAUGACCUUUGGGCUGAGAUUUCGUCAUGCGACAGUACGGGUGGGAAAUGUUAUGCUUCCUCUCUAUUUGAGCUUUGCAGUCAACAUCACAAUGCUCCUUUGCAUUAACUUUGUGUCUCCAUUGCAGUAUGAGCGAAUCCCCAAUGAGGAAAAUGUAGAUGAGUUUGGACGUUCUCUUGAGUCAUAUGGGACAUGUCGUCCCACCAACCUCAAGUUCCAUUACUUGCUGGGCACUCUAUUCAUCACAAACUUCUUUGGCGUUGUGACAGUGACUCGUGAGGCAUACAAUUCCCAAAGCACUGUACCAUCUGAGUUGAAUGAUGCCGAUAGCCUUUCCUGGGCCAUGCUGAGUAUCUUGGAAACACUCAUGCUUGGAGGGCCAAUUCUUUUGGUGGUGGGCGACAAUCCCACUGCCUUUUUCUUGGUGGGGUCCUCCUUGGUAUGUGUCUGCUGCUUGACCAUUCUGUUGCUACUGUUUGUCCCCAAGUACAGGGACCGACAUGAAACGCAUGACAUGCAAUCUGUGGUCAAUGCCAUUAAUUCCAUGCGGCAUUCGAAUUUGGCCCGAUCCGGCAGUGGUAUACCAAUAUCAAGACCAACGCCAUCAGUUCCGUGA